AUGCCCGGUUUUGAAGGUACUGGCCCAAGUUCAAGGGCUCUACCUAUGUUGAUGGGUCAGAGGAGCAUUGUGGGAUUUGUGGUCCUGAUCACAUGGUUAGUCCUGUUCUACCUGCUGGUGAAUGUAUGGCUCCUGUGUAUCUUCACCAGUCUUUUAGUGGUGCUGGGAGGCUGGCUGGGCUCUCGUGCUGCUCUGGAUGCUAACAGCCUGCUCCACUUGGAGCACUUCCUGCCAUUGGGCCAAGCACCUCUUCCACAUGCGUCCUUGGAGAGUGAGAGGAGGCUGGAUUGGGAAAUUCACUGCGCUGUGGAGAAGGCUGUAAGGGACUUUGUGUCAUCCUGGUAUCGCACCUUGGUGUCUGAGGAAGAGGGUGAAUUUCAGCAGGAGAUUAGGGAUGCCAUGCUGGCAGCAGCCGCAGAGCUGAAGCGGCGGGCAAGACAGGUGGACAGGCGAGUGCUGGCCCAGAGAAUGCUAGAGCUGUGUGGAUGCCAUCUACAGAGCUUCAGUGAGGGCAAAGGACUCCAGAAGGUGGUGCCAGCCACAUCUGUAAAGCCACAGCAGCAAGGACCCCGAAAGCAGGAGGGCCGAGAGGGUUCCAGGUCCACCUUGUGGAAGCUGUACAGCGAGGUUGGUGUGCCACACCCUGCCCUGGCCAGUUCUGCAGCUGAGCUCUGUUAUUCCAGGGCUGUGGUGGACCUGUUGUUGCAUGUCCUUGUUCCAUACCCACACUUGGAGACCCGCACUGGCCGCUACCUGGUUGGGGAACUCAUCACCUGCAAUGUUCUUCUGCCACUGGUGGCUCAAAUAUCCAAUCCAGACUGGCUCAACAAGACCAUUGUAGACGUUUUCACCAAAUCUGCAGGCCAGGACGCCGAAGGUAUAAUAGAGGAGCCACCAAGCCAUUGGGAUCGGGACUUCCACACACCACUUCCAUGGGAUCACUCUGAAACCUCCAGCAUGCAGACAGCAAGGUCUAACUCUACCCUACCCCUCCAAGAAUCUUCAGAGUCCAGCCUACAGACUCUUUGGUCUUCUGAGGAUUGCACAAAAGGAGGGCUCACCUCAGAAUCACCCUACCUAGAAAGAGCAGCCCCAAGCCCAACUGAACUUCUUAGUUCUCCAUGCAGGUCCAGCCGGCUGUACUACAACAUUGAUUAUGACAUAGAGUCACCUUUAUCGGAUAGCAAGAAGAUCUCCAAUGAAUCUCUGGAUCUGAAUGACUCUGAAGCCAACAAGGACGAAACCUUCUGUGACUGUAUCAAUCCUGCUGACUUCUGUGGUUUGGUGUGCCUGGAUGAUGACACACUGGCUGUUCUGGGGAAACGUAUUAGGCCAAAGGUUCUCAUAUCAGAGCCCUUGUCCCGUCCCGAGAGCCCCAUGGAAGAUCCUUCUGCUGGAAGUUUGCCUCAGGCUACAAACUCUAGCCCUUGUGGAACCUAUCUCAGCUCCUUUGGUUUGGAAAGUCUGGGCAGUCUGGAGGGACCAGUGGUUAUUAAGAACCUCAGGAUUACUGGUACAAUCACAGCUAAAGAGCAAAAAGGCAACAGUAGUCAUCCAUACACUCUCUAUACUGUGAAGUAUGAGACAGUAGUGGACACAGACAGCCUCAGCACCGAUCAGGCCAUUGGAUAUCAUACCGUGAACCGCCGCUACAGCGAGUUCCUCAACCUGCAGACCCGUCUAGAGGAGAGAUCUGACCUUAAGAAAGUGAUUAAAAAUAUCAAAGGCCCAAAGAAGCUCUUCCCAGACCUCUCGUUUGGAAAUCCGGACGCAGAAAAAGUGGAGGCCAGGAAAGGCCAGCUAGAAUCAUUCCUCAAAAAGUUGUGCAGUAUCCCCGAGGCAGCCAGGAGUGAGGAAGUACAAGAGUUUUUGGCCCUCAACACUGAUGCCAGUGCAGCUUUCGAGAAGAAACCAUGCGGCUCACGCAUAGACAAGAUGGUAGAGAACAUAGUGGACACGCUGAAGACUGCGUUUCCUCGUUCGGAACCGCAGAGCCCCACGGACGACGGAGAACCGGACGCGGACGGGUCACGACUAAGGUUUUCCAGUAUAAUAGCCUCCACCACGCUCAGCGUUCCAGACUUCCAGCCCAAAAUCACGUACUGCUUCAGUGAGGGAAGCACGGUCUUUAAAGGCCCUUUAGGGAUUGAGGGCUUUGUGCUGGAGCAGGAGAAGAGGAUAGAUGGAGAGCCCAGAAAGAGUAAUACAAGAGGUGAGGAGCAGGAAGAGAAGGAUGGAGACAGAGCAGCGGAAAAGAAAACAAGAGGAACAGACACAGCUCUGGCAGAUGUGGCGCUAAAUAUCCUGUGCUUACUGAUGAAGGACCAGUGGAGCUGGCUGUGUACAGAGAACAUCCAGAAGACCAUCCGGCUGCUCUUCGGCACUAUCAUAGAAAGGUGGCUGGAGGUUGGAAUAGCCCACCUGACCAGUGCUCCAUGCUGGGUGAUCUACCUGCGGGUCCUGCAGGAGGCCGUGUGGCCUGGUGGGGAUUUACCUGUGGGCCCACAGCCUGAGAGGAGCCCAGAACAAAGGGAGGAAACACGCCUGCAGUGCCUCGACUGCCUCAUGAAACUGUUUCCAGAGCUUAUUCCUGAUAUAUUAGGGUGUGAGAAGUAUAAGCUGAGUUGGGAGCAUGUGCUGGAGUCUCUGCAGGACCCCCAUAUCAACAGACACCUUGUAUACUGCAUCUUCGACCUGCUGCUGGAGUUCCUGGUUCCAGAAUCUUCUGAAGAAGCGUUCCAGAAGUCUCUUCUCCACAGUCUGUCUUGUGAUGUAGAAACAUCUGUGUCUGCCUGAGAGCACAUCUCUGUCUAGUUCUCUCUCUCUUUCUUUGAACACUCCUUUCUCCAGUACACAUGAAGUGUGAUUCCAUUGAGGAACCUUUUCAGGAACCAGAGACUUUUUUCGUGAACUUUUUACCAGAGCAUCCAGGCUGGUUUUAGUUCCUGGACCAUGGUGUGUUAGGAAACUUAUUAUUUCCUAAUCCAGAGCUGGUACGUUUCUGCAGAACA